ACCCCAUCCUCAAUUCUCCAUCCACACAAAGAAGAGCAAAUUUCCAGAGAAAAUCGAAGAUUCAAAAGGCGAAGAAUUUAUCUUUCACGGCAUCGUCUUCAUCAAAGAAGAGAAAAAUGGAUUUCAGAAUCAUGGGCUACGAUUUACCACUCCUCCACACCCUUCACCACACGAUGGAUCUCCACGAAGACAACGACGCCAACAAGAACCCCAACGCCGCAUCUCGUGUUUACUUACGCGACGCCAAGGCCAUGGCGGCGACCCCUGCGGAUAUCAGGGAAGAUCCCAAGUCUUACGUCUUCGUCGUCGACAUGCCGGGGCUGAGAUCGGGGGACAUCAAAGUACAGGUGGAGGCCGACAACGUGCUGUUGAUCAGCGGAGAACGGAAGCGGGAGGAAGAGAAAGAAGGGGCGAAGUACGUGAGAAUGGAGAGGAGGGUGGGCAAGUUUAUGAGGAAGUUCGUGUUGCCGGAGAAUGCUACUAACACGGAUGCGAUAUCGGCAGUGUGUCAAGAUGGGGUUUUGACAGUGACCGUGGAGAAAUUGCCGCCGCCCGAGCCUAAGAAACCGAAGACCAUUGAGGUCAAGAUAUGUUGAGAGAGUGUGGUUUAGGGACACUCUCAUGGUUUAAAUAAUCGCGGUUGAUGCUAUGAGUUUCCUUCCGGGUUUGAUGCUGAGUUUCCUUCCGUAUUUGAAUCUUGUGUCUGUUAUGAAAUCAUGAUAAUAAACAUGUUCUUUGGAAGUUAAA